AUGGCAGCGACUUGUGGCUCCAGUUCGACUGAGUCGCUGAAUUUAGGACCUCAAGAUUCCACGGAUCGCCUAAAAUUGCUAUACCCGGCGGUAAACGAAGAAGAAUACCCUCUCCCUAGAUCGUGGAGUCAGAAGGAUCGAUAUAACUACAUAGGGUUGUCACAAAACAACCUCCGAGUCCAUUACAAAGGUAUUGGAAAGACACACAAGGAUGCUGCUAGUGUACGGGCAAUUCACCCUAUACCAGCCUCAUGUGGAAUAUACUACUUUGAGGUGAAAAUCAUCAGUAAAGGAAGAGAUGGGUACAUGGGGAUAGGGCUUGCUGCUCAAGGAGUUAACAUGAACCGACUUCCAGGCUGGGACAAGAAUUCGUAUGGUUACCAUGGCGAUGACGGCCAUUCUUUCUGUUCCUCUGGAACUGGUCAGCCCUAUGGACCAACCUUCACGACAGGCGAUGUGAUUGGGUGCUGUGUGAACCUCAUAGACAACAGCUGCUUCUACACAAAGAACGGAGUUCAUCUAGGUAUUGCAUUCACAGAUCUACCCCAAAAUCUAUACCCUACUGUAGGGCUACAGAGUCCCGGGGAGGUGGUGGAGGCUAACUUUGGUCAGGCCCCCUUUGCCUAUGACAUUGAAGACUAUAUGAGGGAGUGGCACAUGAAGACAAGACUUACUAUAGAACGGUUUCCGGUGAACGACAAACGUGGAGAGUGGCAAACAGCUUUACAGAGAAUCGUGUCAACCUACUUAGUACAUCAUGGCUAUUGUGCCACUGCAGAAGCCUUUGCCAAAUCCACGGGACAAUCGUUCGAUGAAGAGCUCGCCUCCAUGAAAAACAGACAAAGAAUACAGAAGUUAGUUCUCUAUGGAAGGAUGGGAGAAGCCAUUGAAAAUACCACACAACUGUAUCCAGGUCUUUUAGAACGCAACUUAAAUCUAUUGUUUAUGUUGAAGUGUAGACAAUUUAUAGAGAUGGUGAAUGGAACAGACAGUGAAGUGCGCGGUAAUGCAAUACGCAGCCCAAAGUCUCGUCAUGGAAGUGGCAGCAACAGGUCAAGUCCGAGCCUCAGUCCUGUCCACCACACAAACUCACAUUCACAACGGAACACACCAGUGGGGUCAAGGGGCAGCAGUCCCAACCGACCUAUAGGUGUCAAAGGUCAUAGUUCAGUGUCAGGGUCAGCAAGUGCAGGUCAGAACAACUCUCAGACCCACCCCACCAUAACGUCACAGCAACCCACACAAGCACAGACAAUGAACAGCACCAACAGUGAUCUCAAAACUAUAUCUGAGGAAGAAAUGAAUGCUGCAAAUAUUGCAAUAAACGGCAAUUCUAACUCACGAUUGAUUGAUGAUAGUGACGAUGUCGAGAUGAUCGACGGACUUGUGAAUGAUUACCACGAUUUGAAUAACAAAGUGGUUACAAACGGAACAGUGGAGAGUAACGGCAAUACCAAUGGACUUUACCUUAAUGGUAACAGUGAGAGUACAGAUCACGAGCACUGUAGGACAGAAGAUAUGGACAUAGACGGUCCGUCAGGCAAGAGACAGCUGUGCGGGGGUAGUCAGGUAGCUGUAGAAAAAAUGUUGCAAUUCGGCAAAGAACUACAGGCCAUGAGUCAGCAACUUAAACGACAGUACGGCAAAAAUGAAGGAAACAAAAAAGCAUUACAGGACGCCUUCAGCCUAUUAGCCUAUUCAGACCCAUGGAAUAGUCCCAUGGGAUACCAGCUGGAUCCGGUGCAGAGGGAAGCAGUUUGUGCUGCCCUGAACAGUGCUAUAUUAGAAUCCAAUGGCCUUCCUAAGCAGCCACCUCUUGAACUUGUGAUAGCCCAGUCCACAGAAUGUAUGAAAUUGAUGUCAAAAUCUGGUAUUGGGUCCUCAGCAUUUGCUAGCCUGAAAGACUACCUUCACUGACCUUCAGUGCCUCAUUUAUCUAGUUGACCUUUGAACUUUCAUCAUAAAUUUGUCCAUGGACCAAAUCAGUGAUUAGAAAAGCUCCGUUUAUAUAUGCUAAAUUUUUCUGGAGGAAUGACAGUUGUAUCAUCCGGUAGUUUUUAUAUCAAAAUACUUUUAGAAGACGCAUUUGGUUGUCAAGGUAACUUGUGGUCGUUUCCUUAAGGGAGCCAGUUCCUGGUGUUAUUGACUGAAUAUAAGAAUUGGAUAAAAUGAUAUUUAAAUGUAUUUGCCUAUAAGUGAUGUCUGUUAGUUGUGUCUGCAAGGCUGUUUGUAAUCAGCCCUAUUUACGGUGAUAAACACAACAUUGGCUGUGAGGUUUUUUUUUUUAUAUAUGAAAAGGUAGUAUUCGAAUCCAGUAUAUCUGUAAAACAAGUAUACAUAAAUUGUGAACAAAAAGUAUAAAUACAUGGUAUUGUGUGGUGAAGUACAAACAUCAUUGCAAUGUUGAAAAUAUUGUAUGUUUGGAUAACUUAGUCUUUUUCAAAACAAAAAUCUGUAUUCAGUCUUGAGACCUUGUACUGUUAUGUGUUAAUACAACAGCUUCAGUUUUGUACUGUAAAUGAUGUCAGGUUAAUACAUAUCUCAAUGUAAACAUUUUCGUUCAUUUGUCACAAAACCCUUAAUUGUUGCAUGGUCCUACAUCCGGAAUAGUCAUAAUGUAAAUCUUUUUCUACACUUUAUGGUGUAAAAAACAGGUCUUUACAAUCAUUUAUGUUGAAAAGUUAUAAAAACCCUAUGCUAUUAAGAACUAUGAUCUUUGAAAUAAUCAUAGAUUAUAUGCCCUUGAGGUCUAAAUAAUUUUUGUUUUAUCGAAACUUUUGUUUAUAAGUUACGAAACCCUAUGUUAUUAUUAUAAACGAUGAUAUUUGAAAUCAUUAUAGAUUGUACACACUAGUGUAAACAGUUUUGUUGUUUAUGGAAGUUUUCCUUCUAAAGUUAUAAAACCCACUUCUGAAUGGCUGUUCACUUGGCUGAAUGUGACAGUUAUUGAAUUAACACCCUGUGGUGUACACAUAUCCUGUCUUUAGGAAAAACCUCCCAAUUAUAAGUUGCCAAACUUGGUGUAUUCCCUUUUUGUAGAAUUACAGAUAUGGUGUCUGUAGAUUUCAGUGUGAAUGACGAUUGUAUUGAAUCACCGCUGCUGUGGACAUUGUAACAGGUCCUAUUGUCAUUAGGAAGAUUUGUUCAAGAUGUAGACUCCAUUUGGAGAAAAUGUGGUUUGGAUUUUCAGGAGGAUGGCAUUUAUGGUUUAUUCAAACUUUCUCCAUCAUUGAGAUGAGAAUGACGCUAUUAUUGAAUGGACAACCCAAGGAGCUCUGAGAAAGUUUAUACAUAAAGGCAGAUAAGUCAUUUUGUGUUUACACCAGAAAAACUGGACUAAGUAGAACUUCGUGGUUAGAAAGUUUGUGGGAUGAUUUAAAUCGGGUGUUUUAAACUUGAGUUUCAGCAGCAGUAAGACAUGUCGUAGUACAUUUUCUGUGAGAGGAGGGGGCAUGGGUUUCUGUUGAGAGAAGGCGGCAGGGAGAUCGGGUUGAACCCGGAAGGGCAAUAACAUUUCAGAGAUAAGAGCAAUGUCAGAGAUUUUUAUAUGCAAAACCAUGGUGUAUUAAGGUCAUGUUUUCAAUGUAUAUAGGAACUAUGUAAGAGUUUUUGUGAAGUAUAUCUGUAAAAAAAUAUUGUAUGAUAUUUGCCCAUCUAUCUGAUCCCACACAUGGAGUCUACAGCUUCUUAAACACCAAAGUGAAUCCAUGAUUACUAUAUGUAAAAUUCAAACUAGAUCUAUUGAAAACAAAGUAGAAAUUUUAAAACACACAAAAAAAAUUCAAAGUGAAAAUUUUUAAAAAAAUUACAGAAAAAGUAUUGAGGUAUGAAUUUUAAAAUGAAAUAUUGAAAAGAAAAUUCAAAGUAAAACACAGGGUAAAAUAUCUGUAUAGCAUUCCAGUUUGGCACAUUAUGCAAAUUUUAUUUUCACCCAUUUUAAAAUCAUUAAUGUAUUGCAGGUAAGGUAUAGAAAAACUGUCUUGCAGUUUCUGCUCAUGAGGUAAAUUUGGACGUCCUUUUUUUUUUUUUUUUAAGAAAUAAUAUUGUAUUUUCACGGUAAAUAGUUGUUUUAAAUUAUAUUUCUUGCUCAAAUUAUCAUUGAUAUUGGAGUUAGUUUUUGUCCGAUCUCUUACAGCUCUAUAAACAAACUGGUGACUGAAACAAACAAGAGUUUUUCCAAAGUGUGUAAAUCCAUUUGUUGAGUGUGAUAAUUGUAAUAUAAGAAUCUAUGUACAUGUAAUGAAACUGUGUCAGGAUUUUUUUUUUUAUUUAUUUACCAUUACAAAAAAAUGUUUUUAGUGUAAAGUUCAUUCAUGUAUGUAGUGUAUUCUUUAACUUGUUAAAUGAUCUAUAAAUAUUAUGAUGUAUAUUAUGAUUAUGCACAUGUGCAAAAAUGGAAGAUUGUGUAAAUUGUUGAAUACUUGGAUCGGUGGUGAAUUUAUUUAAAUAAAGAUAAUUAUUGAGUGAACAGUUGAAAAUAAA